UAACAGGAACCCAACCACUAAUCUUAUCACGUAGAAUCUAGAGUACAGUCAUCACCUAUAAAAGACAAUCAUCGAUUUUCAUCGUAACUAAACAUGGAAUUCUCUCUACGAGUUUUUGUAAUUUUUGUAAUUUUCGCAAACGCCUCUACACUUGCGAACCCAGUACUGAAACCUCUGAAAAAACCUGAACCACGUAUUAUUAAUGGAGACGAAGCCCGUAGUGGCCAAUUUCCUUGGCAGGCAGCCCUGUACAUCACCAGACCUGGUGAAACCACCUGGUGUGGAGGAGCUUUGAUCAGCAGUCGGUGGAUUUUGACGGCAGGUCACUGUGUCCACUACGCCACCCAUUUUAAAAUUGCUUUGGGUUCAAACUCUCUAGUCGGGGUGGACCCAGAUCGGGUAGUUAUAGACACAGUUCAGUAUAUUCUACACGAGAACUACAACUCCAAUACCUUGGAUAAUGACAUCGCCUUGGUUAUGUUACCCUACGCUGUGACUUUUAAUGACAAGAUCCAACCAGUUGCUCUCUCUUCUGGUACUUUAUCCGAUGGUACCACCGCUACAGUGAGUGGAUGGGGACUGACUAGCGACAGUGCAAGCGAACCCUCCACUACUUUGAACUACAUAAGUCUGACUACAAUUUCAAACAGUAACUGUAAUCGAGUGUAUGGUGAACUACCCACCGGAGCAGUUUGUGCCCAAAGAACUACUUCUAUAGUUCAGAGCACCUGCGAGGGAGAUAGUGGUGGUCCGUUUGUUACCUACACUUCCAGUGGGCCCCUCCAUGUCGGUGUUGUCAGUUUUGGACACCCCGAUGGUUGUGAAAGUGGUAAUCCAGUUGCCUUUGCCAGGACGGACUACUACAGGAACUGGAUUAAACUUAAGACCGGGGUUUAAGAUAAGAGUGAUAAGAUUUCUUUUAUAAAUUUGUAAUAAAAGAAUGAAGCUUAA